AUGUGUCAAUACGAAUACUAUCAAUGGCAGAAAUGUGGCCAUAAAUCUAUCGAAAUCACAGAAUACUGUAAUACAGUUUUCUGGAGAGCUGGUAUGACAGCUCGCCUUAAUCCAUGCCCCGAACAAGAUUUCAGAGCAUUUUUUGUGCGGGUCGGCAUCUUGGAUGGCUUGGAUUUUGGUACUUGUAGAUGGAUCGGACAAUCUGGAUAUUGCAAAAUGUGUGAAGAAGAAUAUCAUAUGCCAAAAGCCAUUCCAUUCCGUACCUAUGAAGACUAUGAGUUUCUCGAAGGAGUUGGCGACCUCACCGGCGCAAUCUUCGCAGUCAAGUUAGCCGAACCGAUUACAUAUCCUCCCCCACCUCACUCAAUCCAGUUCUCCUCUACUCCAAUGAAUGUUGUAGAUGAAGCAACACCGCCCACUGGAGAAAACUUGUUAGAGCGUAGACUCAAUGCUUCAUUACACCAUCCCUACAUCUUCACGCCGUACAUCAACAAUACUGUUGCAGACUUGCUCUCCGUUAAAGACCAGGACCUCUCAACUUUGAUCUCGAUUCAAGAUAAAGAUAUUCCCGAGGGACCUUCAGAGAAAGGUUCCAUGAAAGAAUUACGAGAACUAUACUUCCCAGCAAAGAUGCAAAUGUAUGAACUGAACAAAGGUGUAGAUGGUGUCACUCAACAAUGGAGCAGCCGAGGCUAUUAUGAAGGACUGAUGGUAGAGGGUGUACCCAGCCGGUACUUUUGGAAUCACUGUGGAAUGACACCUCAAGAUGAGCAGUAUGUUGUGAAUAGGUUGAAGGAUGGCAUACCUUUGAGACACAUUUGGCGUGAGGAGUUCAAGGAGAGAGGCAUGGAUCUUGCAAUGUUCUAUCAAUACGGGCGAAAAAUGGAGCAGCACUUUGAAGCUCGUGGAGUACGGGUAGACUCGAAGAUGGGAGAAAUUCAACGAGAACUUGGUGCAAGAUCCCAAGCAGCCGAUGGUAUGCAGCCAUUUGGUACGUAUCGAAAGGGCGUGAACAGUGAUUUACAGCCUGGCUAUGGGGUAUCUCAUGCUCAAAUCAAUCCUUUUGGACGAAGCUUAGAGGAUCUCAACCAACAACAUCGGCGGCAGCAGAUGCAAGAACAUGCGCAACAAAAUAUGAUGCAGCAGGUGAUACAGCAGCAGUUAGUCCAGCAACAAAUGGUCAAGCAGCAGAUUCUCCUACAAUACCAGGUGCGGCAACAACAGAUGUGGCAACAGCAGAUGAUGCAAAAAAUGCAACAACUACAGGAUCAGUCACAACAGGCCAUGGAUAUUGAAAAGGGUCCCAUUGUGGCCGUGGAGGAAAUCGAGUCGUAUGAGGCAUAA